AAGUAAAGAAUAAGGUUGAUAGACUUAAAAUAAGGCAUCAUUGUCACUACCAUGACCAGACAAGGUUUUAAAGGUGAUCAAAUGUGCAUUGUGGUGAGGGAGUUCGGGAACUAGGAAUAAAGAAAUUCACAUUUAAACUUAAAGAUAAAAAAUAAUACAUUAACAGCUUAAUUCCAGUAAUUGUAAUGUUAAGAGUAUUGUAUUAGGAACAAAAUGAAUAAGUGCAGGGUUCAAGUUUAGAUAGUAGACUAGGAUAUAAUGGGAGUUAUUGAAACAUGUUUAAAAACUUUGUGAAAAUUGAUAAUUUGAUAAUAUUAAUAGAGGUUAAUUUGUAAAUUACAUGUCUUAAAAUAAGAGGUAGAGUGGUAUUCUCUAUAAGAAAUGAGCUGCAGCAUGUUGGAUUGAAGCCAUAAAAAAAUGGUAAAGAGAUUGAAUCUGAGUGGGUUACAUUGGGGUUUUGAAGGGUAUGAAGUUCUAAUUAGCAUUUUAUUAUAUAUAGCCCAUCUGGUCAGACAGUUGAGGUUAAAGACAAAUUGUAUAAAAUGAUGAUGAUUGCUACUAAUAUAUAUAGUAUACUGAUGCACUAAUUGUGGGAGACUUUACUUUUAAUUACAUUGAUUGGAAUUGUAUAGAGUUAAGUAGUGAGGUGUCUUGGUAUGAUUAAGGAUGAUUUUCUAUAUUAAGCAUAGGGUAUUCAAUUUUAUAUAUAUAUUGUUAACUGCUAAUUAUGGUAUAUUUACAAAAAGUACAAGUGUUGAAGUGGGUAGAGAAUAUUUGGGGAAGAGUAUCAUUGCAUCUUAAAUUUUUCUAAAUGCUAAGAUAAAAAGAAAAAGAAAUAUUAGUUCCUCAUUUUCGGAAGCCAAUUUUGAGACUAUGAGACAAAAUACAUCAUUAAUGAAUUUGAAUAAUGAGUUAAACAAUGAUAUGGGCUGGUUUCAGUUUUAAAAGUACAUUGUUUUUAGUUCAAAACCUGUAUAUUCCUAAAAGAAGGAAAAAGAUAACAGAGAAAUUUAAACCUGAUCAGUUAACUGUAGAGAAUUUUAGUGGUAAAGACCACAAGUUUAUGAAGAUUAAACUAAGAGGUAGAAGAUUUACAGAAUGAUGGGAAAGCUGAGGAUGUGGUUAAAAAAAAAGGCAAAAGAGUUUAAAAGAUACCAAUAUCUGAUAAUGUUUAAAAUAAAUGUAAGAGCAAGAGUUUUUAUGUAUGUUAUAUGUAAGCAGAAUCUUAGUUUGGAUUGCACCCUUCAAGGAUACUGAUGACAAGAUUUUUUGUUGAGGACUGUGAGAUGGCUAAGCUGUUAAAUGUUUUUUCUUUUCUGGUUUUCCAAGAAAAGCUGUUAACAGUAUUCCAGACUCUGACUAUUCUAUUUGGGAAUUAAUCUUAAACACUUAGACAUUAAUCUCUGUGGUAAGUAAAAAGAUUGAGAGAUUACAAGUAAAUCACUAUGAUCAGCGAAGGUUUUAAGGAAGGUCGGUAGACAUUGAGUAGGUGCCUGAGGAUUGGAGUGGUACUGCUAUUUCAAAAGGGAAUGAUAAGAAUUAGUGUGCAAAUUAUUGAAUAGUUAGCCUUCUAUGCUGGGAAAAAAUUCUAGAAUCCGAAUGAAGAAGCUUGACAAAAAUGUUUAAUGAAUUAUGAUACUAUAAAAGAGAGCCAACAUGAAUACAUUUAAAUGAAAUCUUGUUUUACUAAUAUCUUGAUCUGUUCGUUUGAGGAUGUUAUCUAUGUGAUAAAAAUGGUAUGGAUUUGUUAUACAUAGAUUUUCAGAAAGCUUUUGAUUAAGUUCCAAACUGAAAGUUAGCUAAGAAAACCACAUUAGUAAGAAUUGGGAAAAGACUAGUUAACUGAAUUGUAGGAUGGUUAGAUGAGAACAAGCAAAACAAAAAAAGUGUUAUUAACAGAGUCCUGCCAAAUUAGGUCUUUGUUACUAAUGGUGUGGUAAGAGGUCAUUUACAUUAAUAAUAUUGAUAAGGAAUAAUUUAGUAAACCUUGCUGGUGCAAUUAACCUGUUGGAUAUUUCCAAUUCCAUUGAUGAUGUUGAGGUACUUCAAAAUGAUUUGGAUUAAUUGUCUAUAAUUCAGGGAGACAUGUUUGGGGUAUUGAACCUUACAUUGGAUUGAUUAAAAAAUUUCUAUAAGUACAUCUGAAAGUUAUAAUGAAGAAAAUGCCACAGAAAUCAACUUUUUUGUUCAGUGAGACAGACAGUAGUGAGGACGAUAUUCCAACAUUGAGAGACAGGCUACUUAAACAAAGUGGCCAGAAACAUCUAGAAAAUGGACCUAUUUUACCAAAUUCUAAGGAAUCAAAUACAUCUCUAUAUGAUUGUAAGGACAAGAAACUACUAAGAGAAGGAAAGAAACUGAAAAAGAGUUUUUAUUUUAAUGAUGAAGAAAAGAAUGAGUGUGGUACUAAUUGCAUGAUUGUUCCAGAAACCCCGAGCCCCAUCUUAAUGUGUAAUAAAAGAAGAAAGCAAGAACACAAACUAAACAGACCCAAAAGAACAUGCUUAAAUUACAAGCUAGAAGAUAUAAGUACCUCGGUUCAAUCUAAUGAUGUAGCUGAGACACUUGUAGGAGAAGAUAUUUUUUCAAUGUCUCGUAAGUUUUCUGUUAUGGAAAAAAAACAAAGAUCAAAAAAUACACCAUUGUCUUCAGAUAGUCUACCUCACCUGACCGGACAUCAAAUGACUGAAAGCAUACAGGUUUCUCAAGUGAUAAAAAAUAAAGAGAGUGAUUUGGAAGAUACAUCUGUUGUUUCUUCUACUCCAUUCAGUAGCUCAACAUCUUUAUGUAAUAGUGAUAAUUGGUUUACCACACAUUCCUCAAACUCGUCUUGUACUGAUUUCAUUUCAUCUGAAAUAUCUUCUGAUUUAUGUAUAAAAAAAAAUCUGCCAACAAGGACUCAUAAUUUCCCUCACUGUAAGACAUUUCCAAGUGUUUCUCACCCAGAAGAAAAUUGUACAUCUUCUAGUUCAACACUUAAUAGCUGGACAUCAUCUAGCAAAGAAAACCCUGUGUUUCUACCAUCUUUCAAUACUAAUGAGUCUACUUCUGAAAAAAAUGCUAUGAAAGAAAUCCAGAAUGAUAUUGCAGGAUGCCAAAGAUUAAAGAAAAAUCCAUUUCAGAUCAUUGAGAACAAAAAGGCUUCUAGCACUUUAGGCAUCAACAGAAACACAAAAAAACACUCCACUGCUCAUUCUACAGAAUUUAAUUUUGAUCAGUCUGUGCCAUUUAGAAAAUACGAAGCAACUGUGGCCAACAAUAAACCAAAUUUGGGUGGUACAAAUGUUUCUUUAUCAAGUAAACUAGCUCCUUCAACUUUGAAGCACCGUUUCCAUAGAAAUGUAUUACAACCACUCAUUUCUCCUUUCAAAUCUCCAAAUAAAGGGGUUAAAUAUGUUGAUAGUGAGAGUGAUGAGGAUUUAUUUAAAAUCACAUCAUUACCACAAAACUCGUCAGUAAGGUCACAGCAAGAUAAUACUUCCAAGUUUUGUAACAAAGUACCUUCCCCUGUAAAUCAGAAACAAUCAUCCUUAGAGCAGCAUUGUGAAAAAAGUAACAAACAAACACCUUCAGUUCAAAUUUCAAAUGGACAAACUAUUUGUAAGAGUCAUUCUACAGGAGAAAAAAGUUAUUUUUAUGUACCAAACAGUGGCACCAACCACAUAUCAAAUUCUGAUGAAGGAAGCCAUCUGACGGUUGUUGGUCAGGCCUGUAAAUCAUGGCCCUCUACAAGUAAUUCUGGUGCAAGUAAACCUGCUCUAGAGAAAGAAAAACGACUUUUUAUGUCUGCUCAUUCUACAAGAAGGUGUAAAAGAUAUCAAGAUAAACUACCUUUAGUUUCAAGACAACAGAAAUCUCUGAACAGUAUAAACAGCAUUCAAGACAUAACUACCGAAGAAGCCAGUGGUAGUGUGAAUCUUAAUAGUACUGAUGAUUGUAUUCCAAAAAGUUUAGCUAAUAGAUCUUCUCAUUUUCACCACAGCAAACAUCAAAAGUCAUUACAUGCUAGAGGCCAACGAUCUCAGCUUGUAGAAAGACCUGUACAUGAGAGAACAGGUGUUUCUUAUUCACAUAUGCAUAGUCAAGGAACAUUAAGUUUAGCUCAUCUAAAUCCUGACUUAUAUGAUGCUGAAUUAGAGAGUGAAGAAGAAAUUAUUAACCCCAUUUCUCACACUUCACCAUCUGAAAUCAAAAAUAGAACAGACAUAUUAAGCCAAAUGGGAAUUUCAGUAAGUAGAAAUAUAAGACCAGGAGAACAAGGAAGUGGUUCUAGCAGAAAUAGGCAGCAAGACCACAGUAGUGAUGAUGAGGUUAUCAUGAUUUCUAACCACGGACCGUGUUCUUCUAGCAGAAACCUCUCUCGUGGCAUGUGUACAGAUCAAGAUUGGCGUUCUGUAGAUAGUGAUACAACUGGCACACCUAGUAACAGUGACAGAACACCACCAAGUGAUGACCGAGAAGUUGUUGUUGUUUCUCCUGAUCCUGUUGCCCAAGUCAAUCAGAUGGAAGAAGAUGAGCGACUUGCAAGGAUACUACAGGCUCAGUUUGAUGCUGAACAAAAUGAUGGUGACACAUCAGACUCUUUGGGUGUUAUUGACAGUGACCUAGAGAGAGUUCCACCAGUGUGGGAUCUCAUGGAUAUGCUGGCAACAACCUCAACAUCUAGUGAAGGAUCUAUCUCAUCAUUGUCUCAGACACAAAGGGGAUCAACGAGUCGAAGAUUCUCCACCAGGUCAUCUCGUGAAGCUGCCCGAAGCCAUAGUAGAAGAUCUUCAAGAACUAGAGUCCGAGGUUCAAGAAGGCACUACAGGCGCUGGACAUCUCCACGGGGAAUUGUUGAUAGGUAUCAUCACCACCCAGCAAUGAUAUAUGCAGAGGUUAUUAUGGGACUUGGAGAUGGACUGGCUGAUAGCAAUGAUUAUGAGACACUGUUAAACUUAACAGAGACAUUGGGUGAUGCAGUUGCCCGGGGGUUGUCCAGAACAGACAUCAAUCGGUUACCAACUCGAAACUUUACUCAGCUAGUUUCAUCUGAAAAUUGUGAGUCUGUAGCUAGCUGUGAUGAUGGUAGCAGAGCAAACAACAAUACAGAAAUGAGACAGAAAGAGUGCCAGGUGUGCCUUAGUUCCUAUGAAGAAGGAGAAGUCUUGAGGAUAUUGCCAUGUUUUCAUGACUAUCAUGCAAGUUGUAUUGAUAAAUGGCUUAAGAAUAAUCGAAGUUGUCCAACAUGCAGAGUUGAAGUGUCAUUUGAUGAAUAGCAUGAGUAGAAAUGGUAUAAAUCCAACAUAGCAUUUUUUGUAAAUGCAAGAUUACCAUAACCAUGGCUUGAAGUAAAGGUGUUCAUAAAUAGUUCAAAUUUUCUGAGUUUACAAGAUACUGUAGGCUUGGUCUAACUACUCACAUAAUUGGGACAAAUAGAUGUUGAACAGUAUUUUCAAGAUCCAUCUUUUUUCAGAAUUUCAAUCUCAGUUUGAUUUAUUCAACAGAAUACAUUUUUUUGUGGAAUCAUCUUCAUACAAAAUAAGUGCUGCCGGUGUGAACAAUGCUAUUACUGAAGAUAGACUGUAUAUAUUUGUAUUGUGUGGUUCGCAUUUAAUGCACCAUCUAAGCACCUUGUGCUUUAGAAUAUCUGUUUGUGAAAUAGUAAUUUGUUCUUCAGUUUUUUUAAUGAGUGUUUCUCAUUUGUACUUCCAUUUUCAAAGUUACUAUAAACCAAGUCCUUCAGAAACUCAAAGGAUAUAACAAAAGAUACCUAGAUAUAAAAUCUUGUAUCAAAUUUCACAACAACAACAACCAGUGACAUUGUGUUCAACAAUAUCCUUAAGUAGAGGAUGUUGACCAAAUAUUUAGGACCUAGUGCUUCUCUGACACAGUAUUAAACUCAGCACAGCCCUGUCAAAAUGAGAACUGAUGCCAUCUCCGAGAUUAUUGUAACUGUGAGAUAAGGGAAGUGCUUUUUUCGUUAAACCUAAAGGCUUAAAAGUGUUUUUAGAAAUUAUGAUAAUUUUAAGACUAAUAUGUGUCAAUAGUCUUGGAUUAUCGUAAGAUGAUAUUAUCAGGUAAGGUAUAAAUUCUUUGUUGUUUUUAACAGCCUAAUUUCAUGUGUUACCUCAGUUAAGUAGAUUUUAAAAGAAUAAUUGUAACAGAAUAAUAAUUAAAUGUAAUUUUAAAUGAACAGAAACAAACUGUAAGUGAGGUGUGUUACAGUCUUCAUCACCAAAACUAUUACAUCUUUGCAAGAAAUCUGAUUAGGAAGUUUUAACAUGCUUUUAAGUUAGAAAAGAAAGAUAUUUUUGUAUUUCUACACUGUGAUCCAUGGUUUUAUAAAUUUUGAGUUCAGUUCAGAUUUUCUACGGUCACUUGAAUGAAUAAUAAAGUAAUAUUAUUGUCAGUUUACUGGAACUGAUACAUAUCCAUCUUAGUUUUUCUUAUGAGAACUUAAACUAGUUUUAAUAUACUUUCAGUUACUAUUAUUCAGUUCAUUUUUCUAUUAAGAUAUGCACUGAUACAUUCUUGAGCUGUAAGAUUUAAUUAUUUUAGUACUGUGUUAUAUUGGUGGUAAAUAUAUAUGCUACAGUCUUUUCUAAGUUCUUGGCUAAUCAUAUUGUACAGACUAAUACAAAUUUAAUGCAAUAGCUAGUUUUUACAUCCAUUUUAAAUAGGAGCUAAAAAUGAUCUUGUGAGUAAGAUGAAACAACAUAUAAUAAUAAUAUGAAAUGUCCUGGAAAGCUAGUUAUUUAUUGAGAUAGCUUCUGAGGUUAAGGCACUUAGGUUUUUAUCUGUAAUUUAGAAGAAGUUUUGUAUUGAAAAUUUAUUUUUUCUGUGUGUUAGAAAAUAAUAAUAAUGGUAUUUUAAAAAACACUCAAAAAUUAUUGUGUUCAAAAAUGCAAAAAUUUUUUUUUAUUACUUUCCAUUUGAUUAUCAGUGAUUAUUUCAGUAAGCAUAUCUGAAAAUGUUAAAAAAAAAAGUCAUUGUAGAAACAAUACUGAAAAAAGCUCUCUGGGUGAUUUUUGUUUUAUAAAACAUGAUUAUUCAGGUUAUAUGGAGGAUGUUAUUGUAACCCUCUCGCUAGUGUUCUAUUAAGAAAGAUACUAAAAUGUUAUGGCUAGCUCAUUAAAUAUACUGCCAUAGUACCUAACUAUUAUGUUACUUCUUGUAAAGAAAUAAAUAGUUUGAAAUAACACUUGUAUUACAUAGUAAGUUUAUCAGCAUAGUACUUACUCAUCUAUAGACGCAUUCAAUAAUGCAAAUGAAUCAAAUGUCAAUUAAGUAUUUAAUUCUUGCUAAAUAUUUGGGGAAUUUUACUUGGUAGUUUCAGACUGAAAUUAAAACGGUACUUUUAAUUGUGUAUAUAAUUUCAAACUACCUGAUUUACUUGCAGAAAAACUCCUUGUAGUGAAGCAGAGUUAAAGUAAAAAUUAAAAUAACUCUUCUUUUUGUCUAGAUCUUUUGGGAAAUUUAUUUCUUAUUCACCCACAUAAAAAUUCCUCAUGAUGAAGAAGACUUGAAAUAAAAUGUUAAUUGACCACUUAAUUUCUGUCUAUAUCUUUGGAGAAUGUUAUUUAUUUCCCACAUUAUUUUACCAUUUAAGAUAAUUGUGACAAUGAUGAAGAGUUAGAAUAAAAGUUAGGUUAUCUCUUCAAAUUAUUUCCAGAAAUUUUGCAAGAUUUUAACUUAAUUCCUAAGGAAUUUGUGAUAAAAGCACUAGUGACAAACAAGGAUUGUUACAGAUGAUGAAAAAGAUGAAAUGCAAGUUUUAAUUUUUUAUUGAUACUGUAUUCAGAUUUUCUUUAUUAUAAAACUUAUAUCUGAAUUUUAUUGAUUGACUUCCUCAGUUUAUAGUUUGCAGUUAUCUCACGUAUAAAAUUGUACUGUCAAGAAUUUUAUCUUUUUAUAGCAUUUACUUUUUGGGCAACACUAUAUCAUUGUAUUUUAUUCUUUCAUUAUUUCCUAAAAUAGUUUAAUUUUAUAUUAAAUACAGUCUGUAAUUAUACUCAAAAUUAUUCCAUAAACUAAACAUUCCUUUUUUCUUUUUUUUAAAGUAAGUAUUAAUCAUGUUUUCCAUAACUUGGAUUAUGAAACAUAUUCAUGUUACUACAUUUCUGGGUUAGAAACUAAAAGUUAUAACUUAAACAUAUACAAUAGUACCCAUUUAUUUAUUAUCAAAGUACAUAGUUUGAAUGUAAUUAUCUGAACUUGAAAGAGUGUCACAAAAUGUUGAUGAUUAGAUUCUAUUUAAGGGAACACAGAAUAUAAAAUCUACAUAAAAACACACACAUAUUAACAGCCUAUGACUAAAUGGGUAACUAAAUGUUUUUACUCCAUACCUCAAAUAUUCAUGAACGUUUUCUGAACAUUAUGUAGACGUUUUUUGAAUGUUAUGUAGGUAUUGGUAAGAUUUCAAAAUGUUUUUAAGUCUCUUAACUAUACAGAACUGAGCAUAGCCCACUGGAUUGGUUUGUACACUGCUAUAAAAAAAAAUCAUAUUCUGUGCUAUAUGGUUAUGGGUGUGAUAUAAGAGUGAAGGUCAAAUCCCAUAGUUUGGUUGUAGUUGGUCCAAAGUUGGUGGUGGGUGGUAUUUACUAGCUGCUCUUUUCUGUCACUUCAAAAUGCAUGGGUAGUGCAGAUAAACUUUAAUUAGCUUUGUGCAAAAUUCAGAAAACAAACUUACCUACCCAAAUAUAGGUUUCCAAUAAGAGGAGUGAAAUCUUAGCAUAUCAUUAGUUACAAGCCACUGCCAGUGAGGUCUUUUUUUUUUUGCUCAGUACCGUAGCUCAACAGGCCAGCUGAAUUACAGUCUCAGUUUAAGCACUGUAGUCAGUCAUUUAUGAAAUAUUACUAUGUAUUGGGCACAAUUAGUCGUAACAGUUUGUACUUACAUAUAAGAACCUCCAAUACUCUUUGAAUACCAUUUGUAUUAGUUUAUAAACCAUUUUGAUAACUUGUGUUUGUACCACUAUAUAACAGACAGUAAUUUUAUUGUGUAUAUAUACUCUAUUCCAUCUUGUAUAAUAUAUGUUUCAAACAAUAUUGUGUCCUUGUAAUAAUCAACAUCUCUCUCUCUCUCUCUCUUAUUUAUAUAUAUAUAAAGUUGUGUUUUGUAAAUCAUAUGCUGAAACACUGGGUCUAUCAACUUCAACUGAUAUAUUGUUUUUUAUUUUUAUGUGGUAUUUUUAUUUGUGUACGUGUGAAAUUAUAUGUUGAUAAUUUUGAAAGUAUUUGGGAAAUUUAUCCAAAUCUACCACCUUUGCUAUUUGUUGUAUAAUUAUUGGUAAAACUUUUUAUUUUAAAUCUUCAGUGCAUUACCAUUCAUUGAUUAAACUAAUGGGGGACUAAUUAUAUAAUGAGA